AUGAUUUUUGCACCAUUCACUGGUGUUAAUAAUUAUGGGCAAACAAUCAUCUUUGCUUGUGCAUUCUUAAAUGAUGAGACAGCCGAUUCUUUUGUUUGGUUAUUCAAGGAACUUCUAAAUGGUAUGCCAGGAAAUGCAUCAGAAAAUGCCCCCAAAAUGAUUAUUACUGACCAAGAUCCUGCUAUGACUAAAGCCAUUUCAGAAGCACUCCCACAAACAUUUCAUAGAUAUUGCAGUUGGCACAUUCUAAAUAAAUUUUCUGAGAAGCUAGAUGCGAUUAAAUAUCGGGAUUACUACCAAGACUUUCAUAGCUACAUAUGGAAUUCAAGUAGUAGAGAGGAGUUUGACUCAAGAUGGAUUGAAAUUACUGAGAAGAGUGGGUUGAGUGAUAACAAGUGGUUGGAGUCAAUAUAUGAAAUUCGUUCGUCAUGGAUACCAGCACAUGUAAAUCAUAUUUUCUCAGCAGGAGUGUCAAGUAGUCAAAGAGCAGAGAGUCAACAUUCUUUCUUCAAGAAUUAUGUUUCUGAUCAGAAUUCGUUGGUGGAAUUUAUGGUUCAGUUUAAGAGGGGACUUCUUCACCAAUGCCAUUAUAAGUUAGAGGAGGAUCAUAUUAAUAUUGAUCAUGAGAAGUCAAAAACUUUCAUGUCCCUUGACAUAGAAGAUCAUAUGGCUAAGGUUUAUACACGUAAGCUAUUUUAUGAAGUUCAAGAACAAUUGAAAGAGAGCUUCAAGUAUAAACUAGAACUUCUAAGAGAAAAUGUCACUCAUUGCGUGUUUAAGGUUAUGCGAAAGAACAUUGAUACUUGUAAAUCUCGUGAACUGACUUACAAAAAAUACAUCUUGAAGAGAUGGACUAAAACUGCAAGACAGAGUCUUAUGUUAGAUUAUGAUGGAAUAGAGGUAAAAGAUAACAAAGCUUUACUUGCAAGGAGGACUAAACUAUUCCAGCAUGCUACAGAUGCAAUUGAUAAGGCAAUGGUGAGUGAUGAGGCUAGUCAACUCUUUAUGGAAUGCUUGGAUGCUUUCUUGGAGAAUCUUAAAACAUUGAUUGGUAAUGAAAGUGGACAAAGUGCGGUAGUUUUGGAGACCAAGAUUGAUGCUAUUCAGCAUAUUUUUAAUGAACCAAAUCAAGUGAGGGCCAAAGGGUGUGGGAGAAGGUUGAAAAAAGGAAAAGCUAGAGAAGAGGAAAGUUAA